AUGCCGGUGUUGAAUCUAUACCUGAAAAAAAACAUUUUGAGAAGAUGGAGACGUGACCUUAUGCCGAUUGAACUUCAAAGCAACCGUCAAAGAAUAUGCGACGUCGGCGAGGAUCAACGCAGAAUAAUUAACGACACAUAUGACGUUGUCGAUAAUGUGUUGGACAUAUUAAGAGAUGACAAAGAAAAACUAGAAUCAUUUGUGGCUACACUAAAAAAAAUGAGAGAUGAUGUAGCCAAAGAUCGUAUAUAUGAACCUUCGAUGAAAUGUAAACAGCGUGGAAUAGAACAUAUUCUUGGUUUUAAAAGACCGUAUAACAUUGAGAUACAUCCUGCUACCGGUAUAAGGAACAAAGGUUGUGGUACGUCCAAAAGAUUGAUUGGUGUAGCUGAGAAAGCAACAGUGAAUAGUAGCAUGCCUAAGAGGAUGUGUAGUGGAUGCAAGUUAAUGUCUAAUCACGAUAUCCGUAACUGUCCAACAAAGACAAAUUAG